UUUGAUUUUUAUCUUUAUUAUUAUGCUGUCUCUUUGCUCAAGAUAUAAAUUUUAGAAGACAGGAGUUACUAUGUUGUGGCUAAUAUUGUGAAUUUGUAAACCAUUUAACACUUUCUGGCAAGUACGAGGUUUGGUACAGUACAAUCAUUUAUGUACUGGCAUUAACACAGACACUACAACCGCGGAAAUAUGUUUAAUGGUCAAAGUACAAGCAAUGUCUGGCUUAUAAUUACCAACCUCUCAAAUAACAAUAAAUACUCACUAGAGAAGCCAGACUUUUUGUAAUAACACAGAAAAGACGUAACUCCGAUCAUUAAGAAGUAUGAAGUUUGAAGAUCUACUUACUGAGAUCAAUGGCUUUGGUAGGUUCCAGAUGAUCAAUAUUUGCAUUAGUUUCAUAGGGCGAUUUUCUCUUCCGUGUCAUUUCCUACUGAGCAACUUUAUCGCUGCCAUCCCAUCUCACCACUGCAACAUCAGCCACCUGGAUGCUGAUGGGAUCUUUGGGAAUCUGACUCAGGAGGAGAGACUGACUGUCAGUAUUCCAGCACAAGAAGAUGGGACUCUUGCUUCCUGUCUCAUGUUCUCGCAUCCUCAGUUUCACCUGCUGUCAAACUCAUCCAGCACCACCGAUCUUCCUGUAGUUCAAUGUCAGAAUGGAUGGGAGUAUGAUAACAGUACAUUCAUCAGCACUCUGGCCACACAGUGGGAUCUGGUUUGUGAUAAUAGUGGGCUGAAUAAAGCAGCUGCCACUGUCUUCUUUGUUGGGUCAAUGUUUGGGGCUGUACUAUUUGGAGACUUGAGUGAUAGAUUUGGGCGUAAACCAGCGCUGCUGGUGUCGUAUUUAUCAGGAAUGGGUUUUGCAGUGGCAAGCGCUUUUUCCUCCUCCUUCAUCAUGUUUGCAGUAUUCAGAUUCUUCACUGGAUUCACCAUCACUGGCAUCAUCACAAUCUCGUCUGUACUCAAUGUGGAAUGGGUUGACAUUCAGCACAGAAGAAUGGUGCGUGUGAUUGACAGCUUGGGUUGGACUUUUGGGAUCACCGGUUUGUCUCUAAUUGCAUUCUAUGUGAGAGACUGGAGAUGGUUGACAUUAGCCGUCACUUCACCUGUACUUCUGAGCACAAUCCUCUGGUGGUGGGUUCCAGAGUCAGCUCGAUGGCUGAUAGUCCAUGGAAAAACCCAAAAAGCUCAUUAUUAUCUUCAUAGAUGUGCAGUUAUGAAUCGUAGGGAUAACGUUAGUGCAAGCAUCCAACCUGAGGCACUCUCUAGCAUUUUUGUAACCGACACAGAAAAGAAAAUGUUUUCUUACCUGGAUCUCAUCAAAACCCCUAAAAUGAGGAGACUGUCUUUGUUUACAGGGACCAUAUGGCUCUGUGUUGCUAUUGCCACCUAUGGAAUAAGCCUUAAUAUUACAGGCUUUGGUCUUGACAUAUACAUGACUCAGUUUGUGUAUGGAGCCAUCGAGAUUCCUGCUAAACUGAGCAUCUAUUAUCUGCUUGAAAAGAUUGGCAGACGCAAAACAUCUACCAUCACUCUGCUAUUGGCAGGAAUCAGUCUCAUGAUUAACAUAUUCAUGCCCAGAGAUCAGUGGGUUGGUCGUACUGUGGUAGCUGUACUGGGAAAAGGUUUUUCAGCUGCUGCCUUUGCUACAAUUGUAUUGUACAGCUCUGAGCUUUACCCCACUGUUCUCAGGCAAAAUGGGCUGGGUUAUAACUCCUUCAUGGGUCGUCUGGGUGUGGCUUUGGCUCCUGUGGUCUUGCUUUUGGACAGUGUUUGGGGGUAUCUCCCUCAGAUCACCCUCUGUUCUGUGGCACUCGUUGGUAGUUUCGUGGCUUGGCAGUUACCCGAGACACGAGGAAAGUGUCUACCUGAGACUAUAGAGGACAUUGAGGGUACAAAGAAAAAUCCCAUUAAACAUUAUGAAAAAAAGGAUGAAGCUGAGAAAGUUACAACAAACGAAAAAUGACAAUUGCUGCAGUGUUAUUUCAGUAGCCCUCCAGUUUCUGUCUCCGCACCCUAAAGGUUUGAACAACUCAUGCUUUCACUGCUCGUCUAAACUCUUAACUACCAAAUGACCCCUGCCUAUCAUCAGUAGAGUGACCAAGAAUUAGAUAAAAAUAUUAGUCAAUGCCCAUACUGUAGGUGCCAUUUACACUGGGGACGCUGGGGACAUGUCCCCACCACUUUUUGAAAUGGCUGAUUUUGUCCCCACCACUUUUGAAAGCAUUUGGUUAAAAUGUUCUGAAAAAUCAAGCGAAGCAAGAAAUGUUAAAUGUUUAUUUGCACACAAUAAAACAUGCAAUGCAGUUUAGAUACAGAAAGAAACAGUGUACAUUGUCAAGAAGUUUCUUCUUGUCCAAGUUAUACAUUCUCUCUCUGUGAACAUGACAAACAGCCAUACUGUUGAGUCGGGCUUGUGACAUUGAAGAGCGCAGCCAGGUCUUCAGGCGUCUCAAGGCACUGAAGCUUCUCUCUGCUUCAGCAAAUGAGGCAGGAACAACGAGCAACAAACACAGAAGUGCCUCAACUUGACUGAAGAGACCACAGACCUCGGGGAUUGUUGGCUAUUGCUAAAAAUAUACCCGUGCAACUUACAACUGGUUUUGCGGUCCAGGGUCACAUAUGUAUGCUUAUGGUGUGUUUUAUUUUACAUAUGUAAUGAAUUUCAUUGUAAUCAUUGACUUAACGCGCUGCUGUUUUCUAGAGUAUGUGGCACUGCUCGGUUGAUCUGGUGUUGCAGGGACUGUUACAUGUGCAGUCGACAUUGUUGAGGGUUAUAUGCUGAGUAUUUUCGUGUUGUUGACUGGCCUAAGCUAUGACAAUUUUUGAUGCACUGUUAUUCAACAUUUUUCCCAUCCUGCUGUAAUGUUUUUUCAUCUGAUAUUAUGUCCCCACCACUUUUCAACACAAACUGACGCCCCUGUCAAUGCCUAUAAUAAAAUGAAAUGAUAUUACUUCAUGUUUUACAGAUCAAAAUAGAGAGUGUAAGAAAUGGUUUCUCAAAAAUGAAAAAAAAAUCUCAAAAUGAAAAUUUCCCCAUAUUUUACCCACUCACAAGAAAUCCUAGGAUAGGUGUAAUCCUAAGAUUUCUUCUUUCAGCCACACGUCUUUUCAGCCUUAUAUGACAUUAAAUAGUGUCCUACUUUUAAAGCUCCAAAACAAACUCACGGUUACUAAAUGUCUUUUGAGGCAUUGGUUUUUGUAAGGAAAUAUUUUAUAAACUAUAGCCAUACAUGUGUUCAUGAGAGUUGAAGUCAUGUGGAAGGGUGAGCUUUGACCCAAUUAAAGCUGUAACCACAUUGUGCAUUGCUGAAUUCUUUGAUUGAAGAGUUUAAUAAAAUAACUUUUUCUUGUGUGA